AUGCGUCGUCUUGGCUGUCCCGAUCCGUUCCUUUCGUAUAUCCGUGACCUGUAUUCGCGCUCUAGUACGAUGAUUGAGCAAAAUGGAGAAAGCACUCCAAUUUUCACUCGCAGAGGGGUCAAACAAGGUGACCCUCUUUCACCGUUCAUGUUCGAUGCCGUGAUAGACUGGGCUUUUUCAUCACUUGACGACCAUGUAGGGUUUUCGUUCGGACAUGUUAGGGUGAAUAACCUCGGAUAUGCAGACGACGUCGCCUUGCUAAGUGAUACGCGGGCUGGCCUGCGAUCACAAUUAGGGAAGUUCGAGUCGCACCUCGCUAAGGGCGGCUUGACAAUCAGUGCAGGCACUGAGGGUAAAUCUUCCUCCCUCAGCAUUGUGGUUGAUGGGAAAGCAAAGCAAUGGGUUGUUAACCAAACCCUGUUCCUGGCGACUAACAAAGGCAUUGUUCCAUCUCUAUCUGCCUCCGGGGAGUACAGAUACCUAGGUAUUAUGUUGGGAUCGGGUGGGGCAAAGGUGCGUAGUUCCUUGCGGGAAGAAUUAUUGCAAGGGCUACAAAACAUCACUCUAGCAUCUCUUAAGCCCCAACAGAGGGUGCGGAUCCUACGCAAUUUUUUGCUGCCGAAGUAUCUGCACGAACUGGUGUUGGCUCGACACUACUAUUAGGGCCAAUGUACGUCAAUGGUUGAAGUUGCCCCAGGAUACUCCGGUGGCUUUCAUUCAUGCAGGGACUGGUGAUGGAGGCCUCUCAGUACCAUCACUUCGAUACUUGGUGCCAGUGAUGAGGCGGAAACGACUGGAGGCCGUCCAUUCCGCGACGGAUCCGCUCUCCACUGCCCUGGCUGCCUCACCCUUCUUUCAGAAGGAGUUGAGCGGUCUGUCCCGUAAGACCUUGGGCAGGCGAUUGGUGACAGACAAGCAGUCUCUCGCUCAGGCUUGGGCUGCUUGUCUUUACACCAAAUUGGAUGGGAGGGGAUUAUCCGAAGCUCGGUCCUGUGCGGAGGGAAGUCGCUGGGUGUCAAACCCUCCCCGUAAUCAAUCAGGGGGCAAUUACAUCGGGGCUAUUAAGGCUAGAGGUGGACUCCUCCACUCGAAAGUGCAUUCUGCACGUGGUGACUCUGGCAGGGAUGUAAGAUGUGACUCAUGUAUGCGCCCAGAGAUGGCUCAGCACAUAAUACAGGUGUGUCCGAGAACCAGCGGUCCUAGAAUGCGACGCCAUGAUCACAUAGUCCAGUUCGUUUCAGCUGCUGCUGAGCGGGCUGGCUGGCUACAAGGUCUUGGUUGAGCCUAGGAUAGUUGGUCAUACUCUGGGUGUUCGGAAGCCUGAUCUUGUUCUUUGGAAUGAGAGUAGGGCCUACGUGGCGGAUGUCACUGUCACUUCUGACCAAGUUGGGGGAGUUAAAGCACACCGUGAUAAGGUUGCUUACUAUGACCAACCAGAGAUUCAGGAAUGGGUCGAGAGAUUUACUGGGCUAUCGAACAUUUCCUUUUCCACAGUUGCCGCCAACUGGCGGGGCGUCUUGUCACCUCUCAGCGCUAACUUUCUUAAGUCGGUGCUGAAAUUGUCCAACUGGGAUAUUUCUUUGUUAGGUCUUCGGAUCUGCAAAGAAACGUACCAUAUUCACCGGUACUUUGGGAGAAGUACGUAUAGCGUUCGGGGUCGUGGACCUUCGUGA